CUUCCAGACCAUCAAGAGAAGCAUUGCCGACGUGGGCAGGAGACGACGGUCAACCACGAGUCCUGAAGUGCGCUCUUUCCUCUCGCUCGCUCCAGUACGAACUUUUCGAAAACUCUUCGCCAUCUGUCUUAGAACAACACCUUUCUUCUGAAACUAUCAAAUCGCCGAGCACACUGAACGCCAACAUGUCAACUGCUGUUACAUCCUUGUUUCGACGUCAACUGCGCCGGGCAGGCAGCUACCUGAAGGUGCUGCAGCAGAGAAGACAGAGAGCCACUCUCGCCGCCCCUUUCGAGGACUUCCAGCCAACCCUCUCCCCGGGCGUCGUCAACGGACUCGCGUCUCCUAAAACCUAUAAGGAGAUGCCCUCGUCUCCUGGCAUGCCCAUCCUCGGUACCCUGCCGGAGUUCGUCGCCGCAGGAGGGGUACAGAACCAGCACAACUACAUCGCCAAAAGACACCAACAACUGGGCAGUGUCUUCAAGGAACGUUUGGCUGGGCAUGAGCUCGUGUACGUCUCCGACCCAAGUGUAGUGAGGGACGUGUUCGCCAACGAGGGCCAAUACCCAAAACAUUACAUUCCAGAGGCCUGGCUCCUGUAUAACGAAGACAGACAAGCUAACAGAGGACUCUUCUUUAUGGAGGGAGAAGAAUGGAAGACCAACCGCAGCAUCCUAAAUCGCCGACUGCUGCGUCCAGACUCCAUAAAACCCCACUUCGACAACUUCGGAGAGGUGAGCGACUCGCUGGUGCAACACUGGGCGACUUCCUACGCUGGGGGCGUCGUCACGAACCUGGAGAAGGAGCUUUAUCGCUGGGGAAUUGAAUCUUUGGGCGUGAUGGUUUUCGGUAACAGAUUAGGCUUCCUCAAUAACAAAAGGUCUCCAUCGGCCGCCUAUUCAGAAGAUAACAUGGAGAUGGAAAAAUUCAUCUCCGCCAUUCACGGCAUCUUCAAGGAGACGAGUGCCAUGGGCAUGUUCCCUCCAGGCUUAGCUAGGGCCCUGAAGCUACCCAUGUGGACCAGAUUUGCCGAGGCUGUGGAUCGGGCUUUAGAUAUUGGCCAAGAAAUGGUAAUGAAAGGUCUGCACGACUCUAAGACCCGCCUAGAGAAAGGAGGAUCUCCUAGCAGCCUCCUGGACCAGCUACUCAUUACGGAGAAACUAGAGGAAGAGAAUAUCGUGAGACUGUUGACAGAUCUCUUCCUCGCGGCAGCUGACACGACUUCACACACUGCCAUCUGGUCCCUCUACCUCCUCGGGCGCCACCCGGAAGUCGUGAGUCGACUCCGGCAGGAGAUCCACAAAGCCACAGGAAGCUCGGGGGUAGUCAAAGGAGAGCAUCUUUCUUCCAUGCCAUACCUCAAGGGCGUGGUCAAGGAGUCCCUGAGACUGUAUCCCGUAGCCCCGUUCCUGACCAGAGCCCUCGACAGAGAUACGGUGCUUGGAGAAUACUUGGUUCCCGGAGGGACGAUGGUGAUUCUCUCCGUGUACUCAACCGGGCGGGACCCGUCCUACUUCCCCAGCCCGGACACCUUUGCCCCGCAGAGGUGGAUCAGAGAGAGCGCAGGUGGUGUUCGUCCCCUGACCAGGCAUGCAGUUUCUUCGUCUUCUCCCCCGGCGUCCUCUGCUUCCUGUCCCUUCUCCGCAAAGAGGGGCAGUAGCAGCAACGCCUCCUCCGGAAAGCUGCACUCGUACGCCUUUAUCCCCUUCGGCAUAGGGGCCAGGUCUUGCAUCGGGAGGCGGAUCUCCGAGACGCAGCUGCACCUUAUGCUGGCCAAACUCGUCCAGAAUUUCGACAUUCACGCGCAGAACGAAGUCGAUAUGGUCAUGAGGAUGGUCGGAGUCACUUCACAGCCUCUCCAACUGGAGAUUAGUCCAAUUUCUAAAUGCAGAUAGACAGGAAAAGCAACAGCAGCAGCAACAACAACAACACUUCACAAUAACAACAACACUUGAAAUAAAUAACAAGUCUUGAACAGCGCUUCAGGGUGAGAAGUUCGCGAGAAAAAUCCUUCACAAAUAAAAAACAAGAAGUUACCAUAACAACAACUACACUUGAAAAAUAAUAAGUCUUGAAGAACACUUCAAGAAGAAGAGACUUGCAAGAUAAAUCCUUCACAAAUAUUAUUCACACUCCUUGAACGAGCCCAUUUCAGACGCAGGAAAGGCUGACGAGAAUAUAUGAACCAUCUUGAAGCUUAAGGCUUUUGAGAAACAUACCUUAUGUUCGCUCAUUAGUUAUUCCUGAACUCUGAAUUCCAAUGAUGUAUUCUCUGUAUGACCUUGACACUUAGUCUCGUGCUGAGAAGACAUUCGACUCUAAGUACCUGUUUAUAUUGUGAUCUCAUACAUCGGAAUCUUAUUAAAUGGAAUAAGGUUAAUGUAUAUUUUUUAGGUUACUUACCCCAUCAAUGAUGGCCAUUUUGUACAUAGAGUAAUAUUGAAAAAAAUCGUAUAUCACUGUUUAUUAUAAAAAACCAAGAUACAUACAUACAUAUAUAUAUAUAUAUAUAUAUAUAUAUAUAUAUAUAUAUAUAUAUAUAUAUAUAUAUUCACUGUUAAGCAUUGUACAUAGCCCCAAAACCUUCAUGUUCAUUGAAUGUUGAAAUUAUAUUGAAAGUAAAACCUUGACACAA